AUGGCGGCCCUUGUCGCCAUCAUGUUCCUCUUGGUAGGCCAGAGCGAGGGAUUCUCUGCCCACCCGAUCCCAACCACCACUGCCACUCCCACCACCACCACCACAAGGUCCAUUCGGAGCAGCAGCACAGUCGCCUUUUUGAAGAUUGGACGGGAUGAUGCAUCCGCCAACAAACAGAGAUCCUUCCAACACAAAUGGAAUCACCGUGGACACAUGAAUUCCACUGAAGAGGUUUUCCAUCAAGAUACUCUAGAAGCUAGCAGUGUUGAGGUGGACAGUAAUGAUGCGAAUCCCAAGCCAAAGCGCAAGGGAUAUCAACGCGCCGAAGACUGGGAUGCCGAACAGAAAGCAGGCGGAAUGACAUGGGAGCAAAAGGUCCAAUUCGAUGGUCUGCGAAUGGGAAAUGGUUUCCGUCAGAACGAAAUCUUGUCACGACACCUGAGCUCAUUCUAA